AUUAAUCUAUUAACAUCCUCUCUAUUGCUAUCACUACUGAUUCUCACCUUCCCAAUCAUAACAACACUAACCAGCAAAUACAAAGAAAGCACCUUCCCAGCCUACGUAAAAUCUACAAUCUCAUGUGCCUUUAUAAUCAGCAUAAUCCCAGCCCUAAUAUUUAUCCACUCAGGCCAAGAAGCUAUAAUCUCCAACUGACAUUGAAUAACAAUUAAUUCAGUAAAAUUGUCUAUCAGUCUAAAACUGGAUUAUUUCUCUAUAGUAUUUAUACCAGUAGCACUAUUUGUAACAUGAUCAAUUAUGGAAUUCUCAAUAUGAUAUAUACACUCGGACCCAAACAUCAACCGAUUUUUUAAAUAUCUAUUAAUAUUCUUAAUUACAAUACUCAUUCUAGUAACAGCAAACAACCUCUUCCAACUUUUCAUUGGCUGGGAAGGUGUGGGAAUCAUAUCUUUCCUCUUAAUUGGAUGAUGGUAUGGACGAACAGACGCUAACACCGCGGCCCUACAAGCAAUCCUAUACAACCGAAUCGGAGAUAUUGGCUUCGUACUCUCCAUGGCAUGAUUCCUAUUCAACUCCAACUCCUGAGAACUACAACAAAUCUUCAUAACUAAUACAGGACAAAACAUCCUACCGCUACUAGGACUACUUUUAGCAGCAACGGGAAAAUCAGCACAAUUCGGCCUACACCCGUGACUCCCAUCAGCUAUGGAAGGUCCAACCCCAGUAUCAGCAUUACUGCACUCCAGUACAAUAGUUGUAGCGGGAGUAUUUUUACUAAUCCGAUUCUACCCACUGAUAGAAAACAACAGUACAGUUCAAACUUUAACACUAUGCCUAGGAGCAAUAACCACCCUAUUCACGGCAAUCUGCGCCCUAACACAGAAUGAUAUCAAAAAAAUUGUAGCGUUUUCAACCUCAAGCCAACUAGGCCUAAUAAUAGUAACUAUCGGAAUUAACCAACCACAUCUAGCAUUUCUCCACAUCUGCACACACGCCUUCUUCAAAGCCAUACUAUUUAUAUGCUCUGGUUCUAUUAUCCACAAUCUGAACGACGAACAGGACAUCCGAAAAAUAGGAGGUCUAUUUAAAGCCAUACCAUUUACGACAACAGCCCUAAUUACUGGAAGCCUCGCAUUAACAGGAAUACCUUUCCUUACAGGAUUUUACUCCAAAGACUUAAUCAUCGAAGCAGCCAACACGUCGUAUACCAACGCCUGAGCCCUACUAAUUACACUAAUCGCAACCUCCCUAACAGCUGUCUACAGUACACGAAUUAUAUUCUUUGCACUCCUAGGACAACCACGUUUCUCAACAAUAAUUUUAAUCAAUGAAAACAACCCAUUUCUAGUAAACCCAAUUAAACGUCUAUUAAUAGGAAGUAUCUUCGCAGGAUUCGUAAUCUCAAACAACCUCCUCCCAAUGACCGUGCCUCAAAUAACAAUACCACUAUACUUGAAAUUAACAGCUCUCAUAGUAACAAUCCUAGGAUUUGUACUAGCAAUAGAACUCAACACAAUGACACAAUACCUGAAAUUUCCACAUACAAGCAACAGUCACAAAUUCUCAAACCAAUUAGGAUUCUUCCCCAUUAUCAUACACCGACUCCUCCCCACAAUAAACCUAAUCCUAAGCCAAAAAUCAGCCUCAAUACUAUUGGACCUUACAUGAAUAGAAGCGGCCAUCCCCAAAGCCCUGUCUAAUAUUCAAAUAACAGCCUCAACGCUAGUAUCUAAUCAAAAGGGACUGGUAAAACUGUACUUCCUAUCUUUCCUAAUUACACUACUCCUAAGCCUAGUGUUAUUUAGUUUCCACGAGUAA